CGGACUGUCAAACUGUGCGUGCCGAGCAAGCAACAAGGAAAACGCGAAAGUCAUUGUCGCUUGUCGAUUUUCGGGUUUGUUCAACGAUUCAUAUUAUAAGUUUUUGGUUGGCAUAUAGGAUUAACCUUCCGGAGAAUUUAAAUCAAAUAGUGUGUGAUAGUUUUGUUAAAGAACAAUGGAUCGCUUGCUUCGACUAGGUGGAGCUAUGCCCGGCUUAACACAGGCUCCUCCACCAACGGAUGCUCCCGUUGUGGACACUGCCGAACAGGUUUACAUUUCGUCACUGGCUUUACUGAAGAUGCUUAAGCACGGUCGAGCUGGAGUUCCCAUGGAGGUUAUGGGUCUGAUGUUAGGAGAAUUCGUCGAUGAUUAUACCGUACAGGUGAUCGAUGUAUUUGCUAUGCCACAAACUGGAACGGGGGUCUCUGUUGAAGCCGUUGAUCCAGUAUUCCAGGCGAAAAUGUUGGACAUGUUGAAACAGACUGGUAGACCGGAAAUGGUAGUUGGGUGGUACCAUUCGCAUCCCGGUUUUGGUUGUUGGCUUUCCGGUGUCGAUAUCAACACACAACAGUCAUUUGAGGCGCUUUCAGAGCGGGCUGUGGCCGUGGUGGUUGAUCCGAUUCAAUCAGUCAAAGGAAAAGUGGUCAUCGAUGCCUUCCGAUUGAUAAACCCGAACAUGCUAGUUCUGGGUCAGGAACCCCGGCAAACAACAUCGAAUUUGGGCCAUUUACAGAAACCAUCGGUUCAGGCUUUGAUUCACGGAUUAAACCGUCACUAUUACUCAAUAAGUAUUAACUACAGGAAAAACGAGCUGGAACAAAAGAUGUUGCUGAACUUGCACAAAAAGUCAUGGAUGGAUGGAUUAACUUUGGCCAACUAUCAAGACCAUUGCAGCAUUAACGAAAGCACUAUUAGUGAGAUGCUAGAGCUAGCUAAGAACUACAACAAGGCGUUGGAGGAUGAGGAGAAAAUGACUCCGGAGCAGUUGGCAAUUAAGAAUGUAGGUAAACAAGAUCCCAAGCGACAUCUGGAGGAAAAGGUUGACACAUUGAUGUCAAAUAACAUUGUCCAGUGCCUGGGUGCGAUGUUGGAUACAAAUGUAUUUAAGUAGAAACUUCUGCAUCGAUCGAUAACUGAUUUUCAUGACUAAUUCGAUUGAAUCUGUAAACGUAUGUUUUUUUUUUGAAAUUGAAAAUUAAAGCCCAUUACUUAUAGGUACAA